AUGUUCUUGCUCCGGAUUGCAGAUUUGUGGUGCGUGGCAGCCAUCGCUACGCUGACGUAUAUGACCGAGAAGGCAUCAAAGCCGUGGAAAUGGAAGUUCUACCAAAUGUUUCAGGUCCCGGAAACCAUUGCGAUCGGAUGGAUUUUUCGGGCUGCGGAAGGGGACUGGGUAUCCAUUUCAGUGGCUUCGAAGAACGGAUCUCUACUGCUGAAUGGAAAACCAUAA